GUUGGUCGCCAACCUGGGGAGUAUACUUACCAGCGCCAUGGAGAGGUGAAGAAGCAUCAGGGAACCUGACGGCAGCUUCGGCGCUGACAUUUAGACUUCAUGGAACUAGACUGUGCACAUUUAUUUUAUUAACUGAGAGGAAAGUUACGUGAGAAUAUACAAUGAUUAUAAAUGGAAGCUAUUUGAACAGUUCUUCGCAGGACCUUAACGAGCAAACUCUGAAUAGACCUCCGUGGGUCACUACAACUUUGGGCUGCUUCUUGAUAUUCACGAUAGUGGUUGAUAUCCUGGGGAACCUUUUGGUGAUUUUCUCGGUCUACAGAAACAAGAAGCUGAGAAACGCAGGUAACAUCUUUGUGGUGAGCCUGGCAGUGGCAGACCUUGUGGUGGCCAUCUACCCCUACCCACUGGUGCUGACGUCCAUCUUCCACAACGGAUGGAACCUGGGCUACAUGCACUGCCAGAUCAGUGGCUUCCUGAUGGGCGUGAGCGUCAUCGGCUCCAUCUUCAACAUCACCGGCAUCGCCAUCAACCGCUACUGCUACAUCUGCCACAGCCUCAAGUACGACAAGCUGUACAGCGACAAGAACUCUGUGUGCUACGUGCUGCUCAUCUGGGCACUGACGGUGGUGGCCAUCGUGCCCAACCUGUUUGUGGGCUCGCUGCAGUACGACCCGCGCGUCUACUCAUGCACCUUCGAGCAGUCGGCCAGCUCGGCGUACACCAUCGCCGUGGUCUUCUUCCACUUCAUCCUGCCCAUCAUGAUCGUGUCCUACUGCUACCUGCGCAUCUGGAUCCUGGUCAUUCAGGUGCGGCGGCGCGUCAAGCCUGACAACCGGCCCAAGCUGACGCCGCAUGACGUGCGUAACUUCAUCACCAUGUUUGUGGUGUUCGUACUGUUCGCUGUCUGCUGGGCACCGCUCAACUUCAUCGGCCUGGCGGUGGCCAUCGACCCGGUCACUGUGGUGCCGCUUAUUCCUGAGUGGCUCUUCGUUGCCAGCUACUUCAUGGCCUACUUCAACAGCUGCCUUAACGCCAUUGUCUACGGCGUGUUCAACCAGAAUUUCCGACGCGAGUACAAACGCAUCGUGGUAUCGGUGUGCACGGCGCGCAUCUUCUUCCAGGACAGUUCCAACGACGCGGCCGAGAGGCUCAAGAGCAAACCCUCGCCCCUCAUGACCAACAACAACCAGGUCAAAGUGGACUCAGUCUGAGGGAACUAAACGAGGAAAACCAAAAUGGACAACGGGGUGGGGAGAGUUAAGAGAAACAAAAGAUGGUUCAUCAAGACACAAGAAAAAAUAGACCUGAGCGAACAAACAAGCAAAGGAUGUAGAUGAUGCAUACCAAAUACACACAAAACUGAACAAACUGACAGAAAACAAGCAGCUUCCACUCUUACUGUGCUCUCUAUGCCUCUAUACAAUCAAUGAUAAAACAGGGGGAAUGAAUCACAUCAUUUACCAAGCACUUUCAUUUUGUCUGUUGCUUAUAAAUAUAUAUAUUAUAAAUAUAUAUAUAUUAAUUUUUAUUUUUCAUUUUGUUGUU